AACAGCGCGCCUCGAGUCCCAUGAUGACAGAAAUUCUCCGUUAGACAUUUCUCCCGACACUGGGGCCGCAGAGCCGGAUAGCGCGUCGAGCGAUGACGGCCCCUCAAAGGGCUGUAUAAAGGUCUCAAAUGGACGCGCAUCACUCCGACCGCCCCUACUCGGACCACCAGCACGCGGCUCUGCACGUCGCACAAACGAGUACGAACUUUGACGAAACCACGACCAGCGGAAGGAGAGAUGGCGUCCCCGGACUUGGAAAAGGCGGCGAGGUCGUCCUCGCGAAUCUCCGGCGAAAAGGCCCACGAGUCGCAUAUAGAACAGACUGCAUCCGACAAGGAGGCGAAGGUGCACACCGAGGUGUUUAACGCCGAUGUCGAUAUUUCCGGCGUGGACGAGCGCAAGCUCAUGAGAAAGCUCGACCUCCAUCUCGUCCCGUGGUUGUCGUUCCUGUACCUCCUCAGCUUCUUGGAUCGCACGAGCAUUGGGAAUGCUAAGCUGUAUGGCAUGGAAAAGGAUCUGCACAUUACCGACCAGCAGUACUUGAUCGCACUCACGCUAUUCUUCUUCCCAUAUGCCCUCUUUGAGGUGCCGUCCAAUAUCUUCCUGAAAAGACUGCGACCGUCAGUAUGGCUCUCCUUCCUGAUGUUCGGAUGGGGGAUCAUGAUGACCAUACAAGGCCUUGUCCAUAACUAUGGCGGGCUCCUCGGAAUGCGAUGGCUGCUCGGCACAUUCGAGGCUGGGCUGUUCCCUGGUGUCAACUACUACCUCUCAUGUUGGUACAAACGCUCUGAGUUCGGCUUACGCUCCGCCAUCUUCUUCUCCGCCGCGACGGUCUCCGGCGCGUUCGGCGGUCUGCUUGCGGCUGCGAUCGCGAACAUGGACGGCGUAGGCGGUAAGCCCGCCUGGGCGUGGAUCUUCAUCAUCGAAGGCCUCGUGACUGUCGUUGCGGGCGGGGUAUCGUACUGGAUCAUCCAGGACUUCCCGGACAAUGCGCGCUUCCUGACCGAGGCGGAGCGCACGGUCGUCGUGCGCCGCCUCCAGUCGGACGACCAGUUCAGCGCAGCGGGUGAGAAACUAAAGCUGCGGUAUAUCUGGAAGAGCUUGGGCGAUUGGCAGACGUGGUUGGGCAUGCUGCUGUAUAUGGGAACGGACGGCCCGCUGUAUGCGUUCUCGCUGUUCUUGCCUAGCAUCAUCAGUCAGCUCGGUUACACCGCCACGCCCGCGAACCUCCUGACGGUGCCGGUGUACGUCGCCGCGUGUAUAUGUACCUGCGCGGUGGGCUUCAUUGCAGACAAGCACGGCUGUCGGGACGCGAUAUCCGUUCUCGCCGCACACGCUAACAGUGACCUCUGCAGCUUAUGUCUCGCUGUUGGCGCCGCUGGCUAUAUCAUCCUUAUUGCUUCGCGAAGCGCCGGCGUGUCCUACUUCGCGGUAUACUUAGCGGCGUGUGGAAUCUACUCCAGCAUCCCUAACGUGAUUGCGUGGGUCUCCAACAACGUCGAAGGCUCGUACAAGCGGUCCGUCACGCUCGGCAUGGUGAUUUCCUUCGGGAACAUCAACGGUGCGGUGUCGUCGAAUGUCUACCGCGCGAACCAAACGCCAUGGUACACGCUCGGGCACGGCAUCGUGCUGGCGUACAUCGGAAUUGGGCUCAUCUGCUCCAUCACGUACAUCUUGCUUCUCAGGCGCGAGAACGCACGGCGGGACCGGGGUGAGCGCGACGAGAUCAUCGAGGGCGUGAACGACGGGGACAAGCACCUCGCGCGGAACGGCACCUUUGCAAGCGUUGCGGAUGCGAAACGCGAGAAGGGCGAUCAGUGGAGCGGGUACCGAUACCGGUUGUAGAAGGCGGGUGGCCGCGAUCUUGUUGGUAUUGCUAUGAUGUAUUGUAUGUGUGUAUCGCGACGACGUAUUCUCUGUACUCUUACCUCUCGAAUUGUAAUGAUACUCGCUGCAUCACGUGUCCGAUGUCAGCUCCUGUCAGCUGCAGGUAAAUGAAUCCGCCGUUUAUCGCCGCAGAUAUGACCUUGAGACGAACAGUCUGACGCCUGUUCGUCUGUCAGAACGCCGUUCUAUCGCCUUGUAGGCAUCCGCUCGGUGGCUCUGGGUGGCGGGAG